AUGUCGGUGAGCGAACAAGACCCUAAUAGAGCAUACAGAGAGACUCAAUCGCAAAUAUACAGAUUACAGGAAACAUUGCUAAAUUCUGCCAGGGCAAAGAAUAAGCAAGAGGAAGGUAGGCAAGAAAGCAACAAUCAUUUUUUCCUAGGACUGCACGAAGAUUCACAGAAGGGCAAGAGUUCUGCUUUUGACAUGCCCGAUGUGAAUUCUCAUGCGGUUCUUGCUUUCACGGAGAAACACUAUCCAAACAAACCAAGAAAUUUGGGUAUGCUCUACUAUAACCGUUUCAAGGAAGGAUCUUUUCGCGAAGAUUGCACAAGUUACUCUGAGAGGCGCAAAUUCCCAUAUGACCUCUAUGACAGCAGUAUGCCACCACCGUUCCUUCCAGCCAUCGGUGUUCAGACUACCAACAAUAUAAUAACACUGAAAAUAACAUAUGAGGAUAUUCAAGCCAGCUUUGAUAAUUUAGAAUCUCCUAGAACGAGAAAUAAUGAGAUAUGGGGGUGUGAUAUCUAUUCGGAUGAUUCAGACCCAAUCCUAGCUCUGAGACAUUGCGGAUUCAAUCCUGUUGCACAUCCUGGCGGCCCAUUCCCCAAACUUAAAAGAACGCCUGUAAAUAUGGCAAAUCAUGAUGAUGUUACGGGUGAUCUUCCUCUGCUGAAGGGCACGCCUUUCGAUGUAGAGGUAAAGCUGUUAUUAUUACCCACUCUUCAAAAGUAUCCUAGUGUGAAAAGAUUUGAUAUAGUAUCACGAGAAUGGGGGUCGGAAGAAACGGUUUUACAUGAUGGAUUGAGUUACGGUAUCUACAGCAUUGCUAUUAGGCAGAGAUUAGGUAGUGAUAAGCGUCAUGAACCAAACGGGUACAUAAAAAAUUUGAAGUGGACUUGA